GUUCUUUUGAAAAUUUCUCUCCAUAAUCUCACUACAAUGAAUAAGACAAAGGAAGCCAUAAGUAACUUUAAGGCCUGUGUGUCCUGGGGUGAAUCAUAGCAGGUCUGAUCAUGAUUGAUCUGUUUCCUGAAUGCACGUUCUUCGGUGGACCGAUCCCGCUAUUUCACUGGGAUCUCCGAGGCCUCCUGACACACAACUUCCAUGUAUGGCGAAAUGUCCAACCUCGCUCGCACACAAGUGCUCGCCUGUAUGCCGCUUAUGCCUCCCUCUCCAUUCCAUACUUCAUCUCGGAUGGUGAUCUCUGCUGCCUACCGAGGGCUGUCUUCUCGAGCCCGCCCACGACAUCGUCGUCACGUCCCUCCAGCUUUGCGCGAGGUCUGGAGUUUCCGUGCUCUCGUGGAACUGAACGGCAAGACGUUACACAGAAGUGCUCUAUUUUCGUUGAUCAUCGCCGUUCCCACAAUCACGACUAUCGACUUGCGUGAUAUUAGAGCUGUGAAGUGGCGACUCGACGACAAGUGAAAGGAGUGGGAGGGGCGCGAUGCAAAUGCAACAUUAGAUACUUUUACGGCUGAUUUGUUCCAGCUGCUCCCACCAACGUUCAAGGGUGAGCUGGAGGGUCGUCUGAUAAGCAACAGCAACUUCGAACAGACCCGCGAGGCUCGUGCGGCCGUGCCGUCUCCACCGGCUGCCGCUUCAAGAAAACUUCCCAAUCUUUAUUGCAAGGACAAGAUCCCAGAUGUGCGCGUUUUCUGGCCACCUCCUUCCACCCAGGUUCCGGAGUGCGCCACAGAUCAGCUUGGAGCUUCUCACGACGCGCCCCUGACGCCUCGGGCGCAAUGACUAGCUGUGCCAUCGCAUGAUGGUUGCAUCACGUGUCCGUGGUUAAUCAAUCAGCGGCGUGGCACUCCUCCGGUCAGAAUCUCUACUUCCAUGUACAACCGACUGACGGCGGCGACUCACCCUCUCUAUCGAGCGGUAGGCCCAUAUUUUGUUUGGAAACCCAACUCCGUUCGUAAUGACUGCUCGGCUCCUGCAUACGCCGUUCCCAUAGCGGGACGACCGGGGUUACACGGCAAGCGUUUGCGCGAUACACGCUAGCAUAACACGAUCGAGGCGUAGCUCUGCUGAGAUGAAAGUCGCCAUUGGCUAUCCCACGAAAGUGCGCGUGUGGGAGUGUCCCAGCGGCUGGUCUGAGGCGUUCAUUUCGUCUGCCAUCCGACUGAUCAUCUACGUGAUACAGAACGUCCGUCGGCCCUAACGGGGUCGACAGCAAUGGCAUGUCCAAAUUGAUGUUGUGUCUAUGCGCGCGUAUAAGUAACAGGUCUGCGAAGGAUCGCAGCGUCCCUCGCUUUCCCCAGUGAUCAUGGUCGACGCUGCCUCUGCCCCCAAACACGACCGCCUAGAUACGCAAGCGACGGUCGUAUACCCGGACGAUGCGCCUGCGCCGACGACGUAUCUGGGCUCCAGCGGGACGAAGCCCGCGAACGUGAUCCCGCCAGACCACCCGCACCGGACCCUGAUAGUGUGCUUCGACGGCACGGGCGAAUCGUUCGGUUCCGACAACUCGAACGUGAUCCAGUUCUUCUCGCUGCUGCCCAAGGCCGACCGCAGCAAGCAGAUGGUGUAUUACCAGACGGGGAUCGGCACGUACACUUCACCCCAGAUCAUGACGCCGCUUCGCGCCAAGUUCGCCCAGCUGCUGGACGAAGCGAUCGCAUGGAGCCUGGAUGCGCAUGUGAUGGGUGGGUACGAGUUUCUCAUGCAGAACUACACCGCUGGUGACCGGAUCUGCAUCUUCGGGUUCUCUCGGGGUGCCUACACCGCCCGCAGCUUAGCGGGAAUGAUCCACAAGGUCGGACUGCUGCCGACGGACAACGCGCAGCAAGUGCCAUUCGCGUACAAGAUGUACACCCGCGCGGACGAGACGGGGUGGAAGCAGUCCAACGCGUUCAAGAAGGCCUUUUCGAUCGACGUCGACAUCGAGUUCCUGGGAGUCUGGGACACGGUGAACUCUGUCGGUAUCAUCCCGAAGCGCCUGCCUUUCACGACGUCGAACACUAUCGUCCGGACCUUCCGGCACGCCAUCUCCAUCGACGAGCGCCGCGCCAAAUUCAAGGCGAACCACUGGAACCGGCCCACGGCGCACGAACAGACGCUGGGCAUUGCAGGCACGAAGCCGGCCGCAUCCCAGAACAUCGAGAUCAUCCCUGGGAGCGGGAAGGGCCAUCCGAGCGAGCACAAGCAGUCGUGGCGACACAUGGAGCGCCAAUACUCCAAAGCGUGCGACCAAUUGACCGAUGUCGACGAGGUCUGGUUCUCCGGGUGCCAUUGCGAUAUCGGCGGCGGGUCGGUCGACAGCUCGACGCGGCACACGCUGGCAAAGAUCCCGCUGCGCUGGAUGAUCCGCGAGUGCUUCAAGACCGGUAGCGGCAUCAUGUUCGACGUGGAUGGCUUGCGCUCCGUCGGCCUCGAUCCAGACAGCCUCUACCCCGUCGUCAAGCCCCGCCCAGCCGCCCUCCCACUGGGCGACCUCAAGAUCCGGGCGGUCCCAUCACCGUCUCCCCCGCUGCCCGAUCCGACGCCAGUGUUGAGCGAAGAGGAGGAGGACCUCCAUGACUCGCUCUCGCCGCUGUACGACGUGCUCGCCACGCCCCUGUCGCUGUGGUGGAUCCUCGAGUUCUACCCGAUCGAGGAACGCUAUCAGCGGCUGGACCACGAAGGCUGGGGCACGUACCUGGGCUUCAAUCUGGGCCGCGGACGGCGCGUCCCAGACGAAGGCUCGGCGGGGGUCCGCGUCCACCGCAGUGUCAAGACGAGGCUCGAGGCCGCAGCCGCGAGCGGAGGGUACGUGCCCAAGGCGGGCGUCGAUUUCAGUCGUGCGACGUGGGUUGAUUGAGGGAGUGUCGUCCCGUCCCGUAUCUGCCUGUGUGUAACCCGUUCCGUCAUCGGUAAUUCCAAAGUUUCAGCCAGAACCACAUGCAUUGGCAUGCCUGCGAAUUGGCAAAAGAGUGACAUAAAGGUUCAGUCAAGACGGAAAAUGGCUGAGACAAGGCCAACUACCGUCAACACCAUAAGCCACAUCGGAAUCCAUUGUUCUCGAGAUCAUACCCCGCCUCAUCACACCACGUGCCGGGCCUCCGCCUUCGUUGCUCUCCAAACCCACUCUGCUCCAGUCCGCACGAGCAGACGAGAUUUGCUAACGAGUUGACGACGGAAUCCACGUGGGGCGGCCAUUGUCUCUGACGACCCAAGGCGCCACAUCCAGCCUCGUGCUGAUAUCGUGUCAUUGCCACCCUCCCGCACCACUUUCUACCCACUACGUGCAUAUAAACACAUACACAGCUUCCACGACCUAAAGACGAUCUUCAUACGGUGAGUGCGUGCACGAUCCGUCGGUAGCGCCAGGACUCACCCGAUGCAGAUAUGCAAUCCACGAUGGCGCAGAGUGCCACCCUCACUGGCGAUCUCGCGCGCCUGUUCGCCGGGCUCGAGCAGAAGCGCCCAGGCGCGGGGGCCCUGGGGGAACACCCCAUGAACCAAUACCAAUACCAACACCCACCCACCCUCACCGCGGCAGCCCAUCCCCUGGCGCAAGUCAGAAACUGGGUGCUGCAGCGGUGGAUGCGAGAGCAGCUGGGUGGCAAAUGGGCGCCGCCCGCUCCCCGCACCAAGGGACACCAGAUCGGAGGCAGCAGCAGCAGCAGCCCCGCAGCGAGCAGAAGCUGCUCCGAUGCGUCGUCCUUCACCAGCUUCGCCAGCACCCUCCCCGAGUCGUCGACCGAUCCCACCGACGACGACGGCUCUCCCGCACACGGGAAGGUGGCAGCCAGUCGGCAGGUGGCAGAGAAGCUGGAGACGUCCGCUGUGGGGUCUCUGGCUUGCGAGCUCCUGGGCGCGAAAGCCCGCGAGAGCCUGGCAUUGGCAGCUAAACAUACGCGCGCGGCGAAAAACUUCGAUGAUGUGCUGGUGAUCCUCAACGGCGGGGAGAUCGACGCUGGGGACUGGACGAUGGGUGUCCUUGGAGCCGAUGCGCGGGAUGCCUUGCAGGCGUGCGGAACGGGUCCAGUGGACUCGGAUGACAUCCUGGCUGCGCUCAACGCUCAUCUGCCCACCUCGAUUUCGGUGCAGGAAGAUGAGAGAGCUUCUACGAUCGAGGACGCGAAACCGCAAUCGCUGGUGCAGGGAUGCAACGAAGGUGGCGGGAGCCAAGUCGUAGAAGAUGCGACGGGCGUUCUCGCAAGGUCGGGCGGUGCAGCCCUGACCAAGAGCAAUAUCCAAACCACGGAAAGCCGGGAGGAAUCGACUCUCAUGGGAGCAGGAGACGAUUGGAGCUGCCGCAUCGGCUGGACGCAGGGUCCCGCAGAGGAUAUCGGCACCGACCGCGUCGGCGCAGAGAGGCGAAACGAGCAAGGCAGCGGGAUCAAAGCAUUGGAUGCGGAAGCAUGGUCGCCAUGCAGCUUCGAAGUCGGAAACGUCGGGGCACUCUCAUAUACCGCGGCCGGAGAAGGAGUCUGUGGUGGCUUCGCCAUGCUUCGCUCUGAUGAGAAGCGGUCCAUGUAUGCGGUAGGACACGACGACGACACCGAGUCCUGGAUGGGGAUGGGUGAGGUACCCAUCGCGGUCCGCGUCGCCGAGUACGUGCUGCGCUGGGAUGAUGACGAGGAAUAAUGGAUGGGUGGCUGUUCCCGUCCUUCUAGUGUUCAGCGUUGUGCGCAGACGCAGAGGACCUCCGCCGCGCCAAGGCGCAGAUGCAGACCCCUAGUCCGUGUCCCUCGUCUCUCCGUCUCUCGUCUUCCUUUUUCAUAUACAUAUACAUGUACCUGUACCACGGAUUGUGAAUCAGCCAGUUUGCGACCAGAUAGGAGGGAGAUGUGUUGAGGCGGCGACAGCUGCGACGCUUGAGCUUAUUGGAACUCGUUUCCCCUCCUCUCGUCGGGUUGUACUUGAAGAGCUGAGUGCUCAGAAUGAAGCUAGAAAGUAGAAACAGCGGGGUGAUCAGGG